AUGACUACUGGAGCUAAACUGGCACACCAAGAUGUCCCAGGCCAUCAAUCGCAAUUGUCGUCACUGUCAACUCCAGCUACACCUUCUGUCACCAGCAUGCCUCACGGCGCUGGAGGGCGACGCGAUGGCGAGACGACGGCUAUGACAGCAACGGGCUCCGCUGUCACUGCAAUCCCAAAGAACAACAACUCUAACCACUUCGUCAAACGAUACCGAACCGAGAUCGCUGCCAGCACUUCCAGUGUAUUCUCUACCCUCGCCGCUUUCCCACUUGACAGCGUCAAGACGCGCAUGCAAACAUAUCAUUAUAAAGGAUUCCUCGAUUGUGUUCGCCAAACCUACCAUGCCGAAAAGCUUGGAGGCUUCUUUCGAGGCGUUACAGCUCCGAUGGCAAGCAUUACGCUUGUUCGUACCGUCUCUUUCUCGAUCUAUCAACGUGCCAAAUACUCCUAUUCAGCCUGGGUCAAGCGCAACCUCGGAUUCGACAUCAUAGGUCAUGUCAACCGGCAUGGCACAUACCCGAACGUCUACUCCGUCGCAUGCUUCGGUGCUGCUGGCGCUACCGCUGGCUCUUGCAUUACUUUUCUCGCUUGUCCUUUCGAGCUCACCAAGCUCAGCGCGCAAGUUUCUGUUCUACUUGCGGAACGCGGUGGAUCUAAGGGCAGCCAUUCUGUAGCAGCUAGCUACCAGAACAAGGGCACUUUGCGGACGAUGGCCAACAUCAUAAAACACCGGGGCAUUUUUGGGCUGUAUACUGGUCUGAGCCUUCAUCUUCUUCGUGAUACGUUGGGCACGGCUAUCUAUUUUAUGGUGUAUGAGAGUGGGAAACAGAUCGGAAACACUGUAGCGGGUGAUCACCCCAAUAGCAACAAAGUUGCCGUUGUCGCUUCAGGAGGCAUGUGUGGCUUAGUUUCUUGGGCGAUGAUCUAUCCUAUCGAUUCUGCCAAGAGUAUCUAUCAGCGAAACUCGCUACUAUACUCGAAAGGCGAAAAGGUUGAGCCUGCGCCAAAGAUCGAAUUCUUCAAACGUCACAUGUAUCGGGGCCUUGGUGUCUCGAUGAGCCGAUCUUGUGUUGUCAAUGCCAUAUUCUUCUCAUCAUUUGAGUUUAUCAAGAAACAUAUUCAGCAGAUGGAUGACGAGAAUCGGUUAUGA